AUCUAUCGAAUCGGUCGAGUGAGAAAAAACGUCGAGAUGGCGAUCAGUCUUCGUAUUUUUAUUUUUGCGUCGAGCCUCACAGUUUUUGCAACGGCGUAUAAGUGUGACCCAAAUACCAUCAGUCCAAAUUGUGGCAGUUCCAACGUCUACGCUUACAUACCCAGAUUAGCGUUCAGGCAGCAAAUCAUAAGGGCUCACAACGAUGCAAGAUUGAAAUGGUCAGACAAGCUAGCCAACUGGGCUCAAGCAUGGGCUAAUCAAUGCAAUCCUGAUUUAGUGGAAGACUGCUUCACAGUCGACCUACCACUUUCAUCUCACACGUUCCAUUCGCAACAGUUCACCGCUUCGGAAGAUUGGAAGAAGCUCGCUACCAAGAUUGCCAAAUAUUAUAAAAAACACGAUUUAUGCACCGAUAACCCAGUGGAAAUAGGAUGCGGUUAUAUCUUCGUCAAAAAUGAGCAGAGCAAUGGCAAGCCGAUCCACCUUCUUCGAUGCAAUUACCUUCAGACAUACUAAACUUCCAGCUCAAUCGCAGGUUUUUAGCUUGGCAAUAUCGCCUUCGAGCAGCAACCUCACAGUUUCAACAAUCUCCGAUGGAACCACACCGUCAGGAAUACGACAGGAAACUCGUACAUUUAAAUCAGGAUUUCACUGGCCAUUUUCACGAAUCGCGAUUACGACGAUUAUGAAAAUAGAGAAAUUCGAGUAUAAAUUUCUACCAUGAUCAGGUUUUUUUCUUGUUUUUAUUAUUCUGUAAAGACACUUUGCGAUACGGUGGUUGCUCGCUACGGUAUUCUAUACGUGCCAACUGCAGGAAAAUCUCUCGAGAAUUUUUCGGAUGAAUUCGAUGUUUUAAAUUUUCAAUAUUUUACCCGGCGUAAUGAACAAUUUUUUUUUUUUACCUUUUCAUAAAAAGAAAACAAUUUAUGGAAAUAAAAUUA